AUGCCAUCAUCUUUCGGAACUCAAGCCAUGCCAGACCUCUCUGGCAAAGUGAUACUAAUCACUGGUGGAAACGCCGGUCUUGGAAAGGAGGCCGCGUUGCAAUUCGCCAAACACCACCCUUCACGCAUCUUCAUCGGAUCUCGAACCGUGGAGAAAGCGCGCACGGCCAUUGCUGAAAUCGUGGCGGCGGUGCCAACUGCGCAAAUAACGCCUAUUCAGAUGGACCUCGCUUCGCUCGCUUCGGUGGCUGCGGCCGCCAAAGCAGUGCUGUCCAUGACUUCACGCCUCGAUAUUUUGAUGAACAAUGCAGGCAUCAUGGCGGUGCCGCCGCAGGUCAGCGCUGACGGGUACGAGAUCCAAUUCGCAACCAAUUUUCUCGGUCACGCCCUCCUCACAAAGCUGCUCCUUCCAUUACUGCUCGCCACGGCACGAGAGCCAGCCGCAGACGUCCGUAUUAUUACCUUGAGCUCUCAUUCCCAUCAGCGAGCACCAAGAGAUGGGAUUUUGUUCGACGCACUCCGGUCUGCCAAUGGUGCAUCCACCCCUCUGGCGAAUUACGGACAGACCAAGCUGGCCAACAUCCUCUACUCGAAGCAGCUGGCGCAGAGAUAUCCAGCCAUCAAAGCCGUAUCUGUCCAUCCAGGAAUGGUCAACACCGGCUUAAGCACAACCAUGAAAGAGAGCUUUCUGCUAGCACGGCUCGUAAUGCCGAUUGUGGCGUUAUGGCAAGGUGUUCCCGUGGAGAAGGGCGUCUUGAACCAGCUGUGGGCAGCGACGAGCCGUGACGCUCAAAGUGGGGAAUACUAUGAACCAGUUGGUGUAGGGGGUCAGGAAUCGGCGCUUUCGAAGGAUGCAAAGCUAGGCAAAAAGCUUUGGGCGUGGACGGCUGAUGAGCUGGCGAGCUUCACACCUGAAGCUAGAUUAUAG